CACUGUGCUAAGUGCUAGGUUACAGAGGGAUUAAUACCUUCAACAAGUUUAUGGUUGUGUGUAAGAGAGUUGAGUAAACAGGCAAUUUCAGCAGUAUGAAAUGUAUUUGAGACAUUCACCAGAACACAAUCUUAGCUCUGAUACUUACCAGCUCUUUGACCUGGGGCAAGUUAUUUGACAUCUCUGGGCUUCAGUUUCCCCAUCUCUGAAAUAGUUAUGUGAGCAUUCUCAGCUUAUACAUUGCUGUGAAGAAUAAUUGAAAUACUCCAGAUCAUCUGCGGCCAAUUAAGCCAACUGGGUUCCUUUCCUCAUGGGGGCCCAGUGUGCAAUGGCUGCAAAUGGCAGCUUUCUUGGUAGUGUGUGCAGCCUGUUUGUUGUAUGGGUUGCUCUAAGGGACCAUGGAGACAGGCCUUUCAGAUGUAUGUUUAUGUUUCUGACCUUGCACUACCCCAAUGUAGGCUCCAAACACGCGUGUGAGGUGCCUUUGGAAAGCCCCAGGGCACUGUGGCCAGGGUUCACAUUGGCCAAGUUAUCAUGUCCAUCCACACCAAGCUGCAGAACAAAGAGCAUGUAAUUGAGGCCCUGCGCAGGGCCAAGUUCAAGUUUCCUGGCUGCCAGAAGAUCCACAUCUCAAAGAAGUGGGGCUUCACCAAGUUCAAUGUCGAUGAAUUUGAAGACAUGGUGGCUGAGAAGCAGCUCAUCCCUGAUGGCUGUGGGGUCAAGUACAUCCCCAAUCAUGGCCCUCUGGACAAGUGGCGGGCCUUGCACUCAUGAGGGCUUCCACUGUGCUGCCCCCUCUUAAUACUCACCAAUAAAUUCUACUUCCUGUCCAAAAAAAAAAAA